AUGGCGGCUAACGCUACUACCAACCCGUCGCAGUUGCUGCCGCUAGGUAAUCACGGUCCUAUGGGGAGCGGGGCCAGGGAGCUGAAGUUCAGGGUUGGAGGCCGAGGGGUUGCGGCCGAGGCAGCCUCUGGCGGAGCUGAAAUUACACCAGAAGGAAGAAGAAUUACUAAAUUAGAUCAGAUUUUGCUAAAUGGAAAUAAUAUAACAAUGCUGGUUCCUGGAGGAGAAGGACCUGAAGUAUGA